GCCAGUCGCCAUGGUAGAUAUGAUGCGAAGAUUUCUAAAACUUCAACGGAUGUUAGCAGUUUUCAUUCUUCGGCAGUUCAGUGUAGACGUGCACAAGGAGCAGCAGGAUGUUAUGAGGAGACACCCAUGAGUCGUCAGCAGCCAGGCAGACAAGUGAGACGUUCCAGCACUGAGGGUGUCUAUCAUACCCCUUCCCCCUCCCCAAUAUUUGGGGACCCGUCGCUGCCGAGAGGGGAAAGGUCACACACAGUAUCUGGGAGGAGGAUGCAAGUCCAACAAAACAGAGUUCCGUUAGAUGAUUUUGAGAGUCCUCGACCAGUGUCAAGUGGGUCUGAUGAGGGUUAUGUCCCUUCUCCACCCCCUCGUCCGCCAUCCACACAAAGAGUGCGCCCCAUGUCAUCACGGCAACGACCUAAAAGCUCUCGGAUAACUCAACCUCUACCCCUGGAAGAAGAUUUACCAAAUGUAACGGUUAUGAGACCUCCAUCAUCGUUUAACAAAUUCAGCCGCCUACCCUCAAUUGGUGAUCCAAAUGUCCAGCAAGAUGAGCCUGCAUCCCUCCAUGCUGACUUGGAUGACCUUCACCUCAGUGAAACCAGAGUCUCUAAGUCCCAGUCCACCCGACAGCCUAGUGGUAUGACAGUUGACAAUAGUGAUAAACCAGAAACUCAAAAAGAUCAGAAUGAUCCAGCCUCUAUACCAUUCCAGCCUCUCUCUGGAUUAAAUCUGACCCCGCCAGAACAUCCCUUACCUCCAGAACCAACAGAACAAGAAGAGAGAUUGCUGCUUGCAGUCAAACUGCCAGCAGACGGCAAACGAUGUCAGCGUUAUUUCAGUCCUUCGGACUAUCUUCAAGAUAUACACCAUUUCGCUGAGAACAUGUCACAACAAAACCUGUCUCAGUAUGUAUUGGCAUGUAAUGCUCCGAGGAAGGUAUUCUCCAGCUUGACUGUCCAGAUCCACGAUGUAGAUCUUCUGGACAAGACUGUCCUGUACUUUGAGGAAAAGUAAUUUCUGUUUUUGAUUAGUAGCUUGUGUUUGAAAGAUGUGUAUUUUGUUAUGCACAUGAAGAAGACCAGUGUAUUGAUUUGUGAUAGAAAGGCAAAACUUUACCCAGUACAGGGGCGCAUCCAGGAUUUUGGAGAAGGGCGUGCACAUAAAUCAUGAAGUCCAAAGGUUUAAAUAGUUGAAAAUGCUCCAAAUGGAAAAGUUUUUCGAGGGGAAAGGGGGUGUCUGCACCCCUGCACCACCCCACCACCCACUUCUGGAUCCGCCCCUGCAGCAAUUCAAGACUAAAUAUUUUUUACCAAUUUGUGAUUGAUUGUAAAAGCAAUUCCACAUUAUAAAAUACCAUGCACUUUAUACAGAAAUGAAAUGUUCAAAGAAAGGACAAUGCUUUGAAAGGUAAAACUUUACCUGGUAAUUACAGAUUAAAUAUUUUUUACUGAUUAUUUAUUGAUUGUAAAAACAAUUACACAUUAUUAAAUACCCUGCACUUUAUACAGAAAUGAAAUGUUUAAAGAAAGGGCAAUGCUUGUAUGGUUGUAAGUUGAACAUUGAUAGCAGAAUGGAUAUUGUCUCUUGAACAGCUGUUGUGUGAAAAGAGAAACAGAAAGCUUGAUGGCAUGUGUUGCUGUGAUAUGAAAUUAAUUGCUACAAAAACCAUUGACUACAUAUCUAAUCAUUCCUAAUGUGUAUAGUCAGAUUGUAGUUCUCGCUACCAUGAAACAAAGGUUGGAGGACACCCCAUAAUGACGGUUCAAUCCACCAAUUGCUUACCUGAUAUCGGAAAAUGACAUUUCAGUUUUUAAAGCAAGCAACCUCAGAAAGUUUUAAACAGUGUUUUGUGAAUUACAGUUACAGAUGAUACAAUGCACUCCGUCAAAAUCAUUGUCUGUCUCUUGUUUGUAUGGGAUAAGUAUUUAAAACAAGAGAUACUGUUCACAGCCUGUGGGAUGACCUCCAAUCAGUUGACCUGAGAUCUUCGUUUAGUGGUAGUGAGGACCACAAUCUGAGUUUCAUAACAGUUGAAGUACAAUAUGCUCUUUUGAGAUUGUUGAGUACUUAUAUUAGCUCAUUAGGCCAGACCAAUUUUAUUUCUUGUUUUACGGAUCCGCCGGUCUUUUUUUUUCAAGAAUAAAAAAAAAAUAUAAAUGAAUUUUCCCCCGCUCAAAAAAUAGAAUCCUAAUGUUUUU